AUGAGUAUUUUAUCUUGGAACUGUCCUGGGCUUGGGAACCCAGCGACGGUUCAGGUCUUAGUGGACCUGGUCCACUCAAAGAAGCCCAGUAUUAUUUUCUUGGCUGAAACUUUUGCAGGUACAAACAAGCUUAGCCCAAUUAAAACUAAAUUGGGUUUCCAUGGUCUCUUUUGUGUAAAUAAUGAGGGUCAUAGUGGUGGGCUGGCCCUUCUCUGGAAGGAAGAUACGAAAGUUUCGAUUACCUCAUAUUCAAAACAUCACAUAGACGCAACCAUCUCUCUUAGCCUCGUGGAUAUUGAAUGGAGGUUUACAGGUUUUUAUGGUGCACCGGAGCGACACAGACGACCGGAGUCGUGGGCUCUUCUCAAGCAGUUAUCCACAACCAGUCCUCUCCCAUGGACUGUCAUGGGAGACUUUAAUGAUAUUCUUCAUCAAGAUGAGAAACGUGGUGGAAAUCCCCAACCUCUACGACUUAUCUCUGGGUUCCGCGAAGCAGUAGAAGCAAGUGGUCUUAGGGAUUUCGGGUUCAAUGGUUAUCAGUUCACCUGGGAACGAUCCAAAGGCACACCUCAGUGGGUCGAAGCAAAAUUAGACAGAAUCCUCAAUACUGACUCCUGGUGCGAUCUAUUUCCGAACGCGAAAGCUGAAUCCAUUACAACGGCGAGAAGUGACCAUAUGCCGCUUCAUCUUCAAAUCCUCCCGCCGGACACUCCAAACCCCAAAUCUGGUUUCCGCUUCGAAAAUCUCUGGCUCAGGGAAGCUCAUUGCAGGGAGAUUAUGAUUGAAAGUUGGUCCAAGACUUAUAGUUAG